UUAGACCAGUAGGAGUCACCGCUACACUCGCUUUCUCGCUCUACUGAAUCUCUCAGUGAUUGAGCAGGGAAACAAAAUGCCGGAAGUGGGAUUUCGGGAUACGGUGUUUCGGGACUCGUAACCGUGGAAAGUUUACAUUUCCAAGAAAUCGACUUUUCCUGAGGAUUAAAACUUUUCGGUUGCCCGGUGUUCGUCAGGUUUUGUCUCACGGUUUCAUUCAUCCUCACUUUUACAAUGGGGCUCCCGGCGCUGGAAUUCAGUGAUUCUUUUCUGGACAGUCCUGACUUUAGAGAGCGACUCAAAUGCCACGAAAUUGAGCUGGAUCGUACUAAUAAGUUCAUUAAGGAUCUAAUCAAAGAUGGAAAUAUGCUUAUCAGCGCUCUUAAAAAUCUUUCUGCAGCUGUGCAAAAAUUUUCCCAGUCCCUCCAGGAUUUCCAGUUUGAAUGCAUUGGAGAUGCAGAGACAGAUGAUGAGAUUAAUAUCGCCCAGUCAUUCAAGGAAUUCUCCCAGCUACUGAACACAGUGGAGGAGGAGAGGCGACGACUUAUACAAAACGCUGAUGACGUCUUGAUCACACCGCUGGAGAAGUUUCGCAAAGAGCAGAUUGGAGCAGCCAAAGAAGGGAAGAAGAAAUUUGAUAAGGAGACAGAAAAAUAUUACACGGUUUUGGAGAAGCACCUAAGUCUGUCUUCCAGAAAGAAAGAGCCCCAUUUGCAGGAGGCAGACACCCAGAUAAAUAAGGAAAGACAGGUCUUCUAUGACGCCUCCCUGGAAUAUGUUUUCAAAAUCCAAGAAGUGCAAGAGAGGAAAAAAUUUGAGUUUGUUGAGCCGCUGCUGGCUUUCCUCCAGGGAUUGUUCACCUUCUACCAUGAGGGUUAUGAACUGGCGCACGAGUUUGAACCCUACAAGCAACAGCUACAGUUCAACCUCCAGAAUACAAGGAAUAAUUUUGAGAGCACAAGACAGGAAGUAGAGAAUUUGAUGAGAAGGAUAAGGUCUGCAGAGCAGGACUUUAAAGCUCCAGGACAGUGGACCAUGGAGGGCUUCCUCUAUGUGCAAGAGAAACGACCAUUGGGGUGCACGUGGAGUCGACAUUACUGCACGUACGAGAAAGGGACCAAAAUGUUUACGAUGAGCAACUCUGAAUUCAAGUCUGGAGGCAAACAGAAUGGACUGAUCUUGAGUCCCCCUGAGAUGUUUAAGCUGAAGUCCUGCAUCAGACGGAGGACGGACUCUAUUGACAAGCGAUUCUGCUUCGACAUUGAGGUGGUGGAAAGAGGCAAACCCUGUGAAGGGCUUCUGUUCAGUUAUCUGCAAUGUUUCUAUAAAGCCCAUCGGCAUGGUAUCAUCACCCUUCAGGCUCUCUCUGAAUCCAACAGAAGGCUGUGGAUGGAGGCCAUGGACGGAAAAGAGCCGAUUUACACCCUUCCAGCACUUCUGAGCAAGAAAGAGGAAACAUUCCUAAAUGAAGCAGGCUUUAAUUUUGUAAAGAAGUGUAUAGAGCUUGUGGAAACUAGAGGCAUUAACACAAUGGGGUUGUACAGAAUUGGUGGAGUUAACUCUAAAGUCCAGCGAUUGAUGACCUCAGUGUUUGCAGCCAAAGCUCCUGCAGAUAUGGACCUUGACCCAGACACCUGGGAUAACAAGACCAUCACCAGUGGCCUGAAGAAUUACCUCAGGUGUCUGGCAGAACCUCUCAUGACUUACAGACUCCACAAAGACUUCAUCAUGGCAGUCAAGUCUGAUGAUCAGAACUACAGGGUCUGUGCUGUUCACGCCCUCGUCCACAAGCUCCCCGACAAGAAUAAAGAGAUGCUGGAUAUUCUGAUAAAACAUCUACAUGUGGUUUCCACACAUAGUCAGAAGAAUCUGAUGACCGUGUCUAACCUGGGUGUGAUUUUUGGGCCGACACUCAUGCGCUCUCAGGAGGAGACAGUUGCUGCCAUGAUGAACAUCAAAUUUCAAAAUAUUGUUGUAGAGAUCCUGAUAGAAAAUUAUGAUAAGAUAUUUCAUCAAGCUCCAGACCCGAACGUCCCCCUGCCACAGCCUCACUCUCAGUCUCGAGCCAGUGCCAGUGCCAGUGCCCGCCGCAGCAAAGCCAUCUGCCUGUCCUCAGGGUCCCGUAAAUCCAGAGGCCUGUACCCUCCCGCCCUGUGCCUGGCUGAUGCUGACAGUGACACGUUCAGCAGCAGUCCGAGUAGCACUCCCAUGGGCAGUAUGGAGUCUCUCUCGUCACACUCUUCAGAGCAGAACAGCUGCUCGAAGACGGGCUCCCCAUCACGUUCCAAACACAAGGCGUCAGGGACACUGUGCUGGACCACUUCAUCUCCCUCCUCCAAUGGGCCCAAAAGCCCUCCUUGCCCCGCCAGCCCCGAUUCCAGCUCCAAAGAGGACGCCAACAAGACUGAUGGAGAAUGGGAAGAAGCACUGAGUACAAGCCCUGGAGAUCGAAGCUCUCUGGCUUCAGAGAUCCUCCAGAGGACCCUUGGAGAGACACUGGAGGAUCACGGGGAAGAACGACGCAGUCUGUCCACCUGCUCUUCUCUCACUUCACUACACAUUUCUGAGGGUUUCAGAAGCUGUCACGGCUCCGUCCAGAGCCUGGUGUCACGUGGUCAGAGAGACAGUCUCAAGUCCCUCCAUCUGCCUGAUCUGCCUCCUAAAGAGAGCGUGAGAUACAGAGCUGACUCCUCAGCGAGCAAUGGCUACCAGAGACCGGGAUCUGUUGUGGCCUGCCGAGCAGCAAUCUUUGAGAGUCCUGUGAUUUCACAGCCCACAAUGGGAAGAGAAGCUAAAGCCUUGUUUUCCUGUCAAGCGGAGCACAGUCAUGAGCUCAGCUUUCCUCAGGGGGCGCUCUUCUCCAAUGUGUAUGCUUCGGUGGAACCUGGCUGGCUCCAAGCUACAUAUAAUGGCAAAACUGGACUCAUCCCAGAGAAUUAUGUGGCGUUCCACUGAUGGGGCCAGACAACGCACAAGCAAAGUCCAUGGUAUCCAUGGUGUUCAUUUCUGCAAAAAAAGGGACCAUUUAUAUGUACAUUGCUACCUUACUGUAUGUAAAUCGUUUUAGCAUAGCAUUCUAGUUUUUGCAUAUUAUUAUAACCAUAUCAUUAACCAUUGCAUUUGAUCAAACUUAUUCAGGAUGUAAAUAUCACCUUUGUCCUAAAUGUACAGUAGAUUUUAUUAUCAUCUAGGUACAUGCAGUUGACUUCUGUAUUUAUAUGAGACCCAUAAUACUGAUGGUCUGUAAUAUUUUAAAACUGAUCCGUGUUUUGCUACGGCUCUGAAGGAAAUAUAUAGAGGGAGAAUUAUUCCUGUGCCAUAUGCAUUAAUUAGCGACCAUAUUAAGUAGCAGAAGAUAUUGUAUUGCCCAAUCUGACAUAUGUGAAAUUGUUAGUAGUAUGUUUUAUUGACUUUCUUUUCAGUGAUGCCAAAAGAUCAAGCAUUUCUGGUAGAUGCCGGUCAUCUUUCAUUUCAUUAACUGUUGAAUCUUUUAGGUGAAAUCGAUUAGUUGAUACUAAUUUUUAUUUAAUACAAUUUCAAAGGGUUAAAUAGAAAAUCGGUACCUCUGAAUAGUCUUUUUUUUUUUUUAAAAGAACCUUCCCCCCUCCACAAAUUUCAACAAAAUACAUGAAUGAAAUGACUUUAAGAGCCAAAAAAUGUUUCUUAUAUACUUAUUUUAUUGUACUAAUAUACUGUCAAUGUUGUAAAACAGUGUAACAAAACAAAAGUUAUUUCAAAAUUUUAGCUUAUAUUGUUAGGUAUAAUAUAGUGGAGUUUGUUUAAUGAAAUACAAUAUAAAAAAGACAAAAUACUUCUCUGACAGUGUUAAACGUUGUAGAUUGUUAAAGUUAUAAUUUGUUAUAGUUUGUGCUCACAAAAAAAUGCAGUUUUUCCAACUAAUGGCUCUGCUGUAUAUUAUUGUACACUGGUUUACCAUUUCCAUAUGUUGAAAUGGAAAAAGGAAUUGCUAUACAGAUUAUAAAACUAAUUAUUAACAUCAUUUACAAAGUAAUUUAAUGUGUGAUGAUUUUCUUAUAAAGCAUUUUUU